CUUCCGGGUUUACGUAGACUGGGGGGUACCUGUCAUCAAAAUCAGCAACUAUGAACAAUAUGGUUUUCCUCGUGCAUUAGGGUCUUAUAUCUUCGAGGGGGCCUAUUUUCUGUGCCGGUUAAUGAGAGGAUUUUUGAGGUUCAGCCCGUGGUUCCAGUGGCAGCCAUGCCCAUCUCCCGGCUUUGGUCUGUGGAUGUGCACGGGCGAGUCUACAGCCUGUCCACGGCGGGCCAGCAGUGGGAGCAAUGCCGUGAAGCUCAGAUGGCGUUCAAGCGAGUGACCGCGGCUGAGCAGUGCUGCUGGGGCAUCGCUUGCGACAACAAGAUCUACCUGAACGUCCAUGCUUCCGACGUGCACAUUCGCUUCCAGGAGGAGACCUAUGAGAAUCAACGCUGGAAUCCUGUUGAUGGUUUUUCCGAGCACUUGUUGCCAAGUGACCGCUGGCAGUGGAGUGAUGUUACAGGUUUGGAGCACCAGCCUCCUUCCAGUUUCCAUCUCCCUUCCAGCAGCUGGGAGUGGGAGGGUGACUGGUAUGUGGAUGAGAACUUUGAGGGGGAACCCACAGAGAAAGAGGGAUGGACAUAUUCCAUUGACUUCCCAGCUAUUUACACCAAGGACAAAAAGUGGAACUCCUGUGUCCGUCGCAGGCGAUGGCUUCGUCACAGAAGGUACAAAGCCAUGGACUCCUGGGCUGAGAUCUCCUCACAGAUGACUUCUCUGCCAGAUCCUUUCAGUGACAUCAGCUGUGGCGGAUGGGAGAUAACUGAGGAACCCCAUGGCCUACUGUCACUUUGGGCUGUGUCGUUGCAGGGGAAGGUGUGGUUUAGAGACGGUAUCUACCAUCUCAAUCCUGAAGGUUCUAUGUGGCAUGACAUCUCCCUCCCUGGGGAAGUGAUCCAGAUCAGUUGUGGCCCUGGGGAACUGGUUUGGGCAGUGUUGUGGGAGGGCCAGCUGAUUGUUAGGGAGGGUGUCAAUCGAGACAAUCCCCAAGGUACCUCCUGGUCUGUGGUGGACUCUCCCAGUCCUGAUGUAGGAGUCAUGCAUGUGGCAGUAGGAGUCAAUGUUGUUUGGGCUUUGACCAAGGACAACAAAGUGUGGUUCCGCCGUGGUGUUAACGCGCACAAUCCCCGUGGCUCCGGCUGGAUCAGCAUGGUCGGAGAAAUGGUCAUGAUCAACGUGGGACUCAAUGAUCAGGUGUGGGCCAUUGGUCACGAAGACCGGGCUGUGUACUUCCGACAGGGCGUCACGACUACUGAACUGAGUGGGAAAACCUGGAGGGCCAUCUCUGGGAACAGAGAUGGCGAGCGAUCUCAUUCCAGUGCCAGCCAGCAGAGUGCUGGAUGUUACUUCAAUGAGAUGCAUCCUCCAUCUGUGGUGAGCGAUGUGGAGUCUGAUACAGAAAAAGGAUCCACAGAUGAAACCAGCUGUUCUAAUGCCAAGACCAAACCCUCUGAUGAAGCCACUGACACUCCAACCCCCCACAUCCCAAAGGUCACCAGUGACAGCUUCAUCUCUCAGCUGGUUUCUGACAGAGAGCCAGUCUCUGCCGCUCUCCCACAGGUAGCAAGCAUCCCUGAGGAAGGAGAUAACAGCACUCUGAGUGUUGAUGUGGGUCAGGCUGGAGGCUUUGUUGACCCCCAGUGGAGUAAUGUGGACCUGGAGGAGGCGCAGAGCCAGCAGGCCCAGACUGGCAUUUUGUCGGACUCUGGAGACACCUCCAGCCUGUCAUCUGUGGCCAUGGACUCCGUAGCCAUUGAAGACCCUUAUGGAGUAGAUGAGCACCCUCUGUGGGCGUGGGUCAGUGGAGGCGGCUGCUCUGUUGACAGUCAUUCCCAAUUGAACUGGUUCCACAGCACCAUGAACGCUUCAUUGUUGGCCCAGUCUGUCCAGUCCAUGAGCCUGUCUGUCACACCAGCUCAGAUGGCUGCCUGGCGGGCACAAAUCUUUGAGCAGCUCAGUCAGAGGACCAAGAGAGAGGUGGAUGAAUUCCGACAUUAUGAACAAGCCAUUGAGCAGUGUGUGUGGGUAAAGAAGGGUCCCAUGCAGUGGUGGAGGGACUGGAAGCCACACAAGUGGGUGGAUGUUCAUUUUGCACUGGAGCAGUUUUCAGGACCAGAGGGGAACAAGGAUGGAAUUCUUUUCAUCUAUUAUAACUACUAUGAUGAGAAGAAGUACCUCCAUGCUUUCAUCAACGAGGUGACAAUCCUGGUGCCUGUACUCAACGCCAAACACACUUUUGCCAUUUACACACCCGAGCGGAUCAAGAAGAGGUGGCCAAUUCGAGUGGCAGCUGAAACGGAACAGGAGAUGAAUGACUGGCUGACACUGUUGAGCGCAUCCUGCUGUGAUUCCAGAGGCAUUCAAGGCCCUCCUUCCAAACAAGCCAUCUGGUCCAUCACCUGUAAAGGAGACAUCUUUGUCAGCGAGCCCACCCCCAGCCUUGAGGCCAUGCCUUACCCCACGCCCUGUGACCAAAUGUUCUGGCAUCAGAUCGGAGGUCACCUACGCAUUGUGGAGAGUAACAGCGUUGGAAUUGUGUGGGGAAUUGGUUAUGACCACAACGCCUGGGUCUACGCUGGGGGCUAUGGCGGAGGCUUAUAUCAGGGCCUUCCUACUUGUAAUGAGCACAGUUACACACAGACUGACGUCAAGAGCGUCUACAUCUAUGAGAACCAGAGGUGGAACCCUGUCACCGGGUACACCAACAGAGGUCUCCCUACUGACCGCUACAUGUGGAGUGACGCCUCGGGACUGCACGAAUGCACAAAAACGAACACCAAGCCUCCAUCCCCUCAAUGGGCAUGGGUGUCUGAGUGGAGCAUCGAUUACGGCGUCUCUGGGGGGACAGACCGAGAGGGCUGGCAGUACGCUGCUGAUUUCCCAGCUUGGUACCAUGGCCACAAAACAAUGAAGGACUUUGUGCGACGCAGGCGUUGGGCUAGGAAGUGCAAACUGACUACCUCAGGUCCCUGGCAGGAAGUCCCGCCCAUUCAGCUGAGUGACGUGACCAUCCUUCCGUGCACCCCCCACAGCACCACAGAUGUGGUGCCCGUGUGGGCAAUUAGCAACAAGGGAGAUGUCCUGUGCCGACUGGGAGUCACAGCACUAAACCCUGCUGGAACAUCAUGGCUUCACGUGGGGACUGAUCAGCCCUUUAAAUCCAUCUCCAUCGGGGCCGCAAGCCAAGUUUGGGCUAUCGCCAGAGAUGGUUCAGCCUUCUUUAGAGGAUCUGUGUUUCCUCAGACCCCUGCAGGUGAGUGUUGGUACCACAUCCCUUCCCCAACCAAGCAGAAGCUGGACCAGGUGUCUGUUGGAAGGACAUCAGUCUUUGCUGUUGAUGCGAAUGGUAACUUGUGGUACCGGAAUGGUUUGACCCCUAGUUAUCCUCAGGGGUCCUCAUGGCAAUAUGUGUCUAAUAAUGUGCGCAAAGUUUCUGUUGGGCCUUUUGAUCAGGUUUGGAUCAUAGCAGACAAGGUGCAGGGCACUCACAGUCUGAGUCGCGGAACAGUAUGCCAUCGCCUCGGAAUCCACCCUUUGGAGCCCAAAGGACAGUCGUGGGAUUAUGGCAUUGGGGGCGGGUGGGACCACAUCACAGUCCGGGGUAAUGCCAUGGAGCCCCCCCAUUUCUGUUUUUCUGCCCUUGCGGACACCUCCGCCCAAGUCUCUGGGAGCGUUAAGUGAUGUUAAGAUACACAUGAGUCAUGUUUCUAAAUCUGCAGUUACAUUCACAUAGUCGUCCUAAUUUUACAUUGGCUUUGUUUUUUUUUGUUUUUUUUAAUGUUCAUUAUUAUUGUGACGUUCCUUCUUUUUUUUGUAUGUUCGCCUUCAAAGCAGACAUCACUAUUUACCGUUAGAAGAACUAUUUGACUUGUUUUUGUUACUUUUGCUCACCGGUCUUCUUAGACAUUUCAGUAUGUACUAUGCAACUUGUACAGAGAGGUGUAUGGUGUUUAGAGUAAAAUAAUUUUCAGUUUAAUUUAUAAUAGUGUUUGCUGACCUCCCUGCCUGUUGACUUUGAGGGUAUUGUGUUCUCGUGUUUUCCGUCAAGUGGUCCAAAUGCUGUUGCAGUGGAGUGAUGUGAAAAUGAGUUUUAAAGUGCCAGAAUCAUCCAUCAAGUCUUAAUGGGACACCUUUUAAGUCUAGAUAAAUAUUUAAGCACAGAUCUCAAUAAACCUUGGGUUUUAAAUGUGUAAAGAGUUCAAUAAACUACAGUACUAGGAUUAAGUUAUAGGUUAGAGGAUCUAGUGAGGUGGGUCGUUCAGCACCACCCACCAAAUCCUUUAUUCACAGGAGUCUCAUUAAGUUGCUGGUUACUUCUUAGCACAACAAGAUUAUGUCUAGUGUUGUUUGUAGAUAUUAUUGUGACCACUAUUGAUCAUUAUUGUCUUCAGAGCAAGCAUAAUGUAAAAGGUGAAAACUUUCCUGGGAUUUACUUCCUUUAGAGGGCUUGAUGACAACUAUUUUUUUUAAACAGAUCUGUAAAAGUCUAGUCUUCUGUUGCAUGUUGACUUGCUCUCCUUAGAAAUAUUCAGAACAUUUCAUACAAAUGAAAAUAAAAUACAGUACUUAAAAAUAGGGUAAAGAUUCAUAUGCCCUUAAUUUAUAAAUGUUAGGAAUUUAUGAACUUGUCUGUUAAC